AUGGAAUACAUGCAGGAUCCGGCUCAUCCUGGGCAAGGUACCCUCUCGUCGGCGCAAGAAAACUGCGAACAGCUUGAACGCUCGGGCGUCGAAUUAAUGCGAUACACGCCCACAAGUGGUCGCGUCAUUGUGAGAGUGCAGUUCUCAAUGAACAAGGUGAUUGUACAUGGUGGAAAAACGCCGUAUUUCAUUCUGAUGGCAGCUAAUGUCGUGCUUGAGGAAAGGAUUCGACAGGCGAGGUGGGCUAACCCUCCCUGGCAGGCGGGAUUGGUCACAGUGACGUUCCGAUUCGCUGCCCAGACUGGCGAUCCUGGGCAUCUCUUCAGAGCUCUGAGAGCGGAGCUACAGAUGAUGCUACUCAGGUUGUCGCGUUCACCUCUUGAACCAUUUCCACAAGCCUGGAACUCCAUAUGCCAUGUGCAGAUUAACUACGAACCUGAUGAACAUCGUAGGUUUGAGCUCCGGUUCGGCGGCCCUUGA